UGUGGCUCGGGAAGAACGAGGAAGCGGGCGGAAGUAAACAUGGCAGAGGAGAGCAGUAUGGCAGCCGCGGAGCUGCUCAGGCAGGCGGAGCUGCUGAAGCAGGGCGCGGAGGCUCGGCUGUACCGGGCCGUGUUCCUCGGGCGGCCGGCCGUCGUGAAGCAGAGGUUCCCGAAGCGCUACCGACACCCGGUGCUGGACGAGAGGCUGACGCACCGCAGGACCGUGCAGGAGGUCCGCUCCAUCCUCCGCUGCAGGAAGGCAGGCAUCUCAGCCCCGGUGGUCUACUUCGUGGAUUACACCUCCCACUGCAUCUUCCUGGAGGAGAUCGUGGGUUCGGUGACGGUGCGCGACCACAUCGCCUCCACGCAGGAGACCCACCCGAACCCGGAGCGGGAGCUGGAGCCGCUGGCCGACGGGAUGGGGCAAAUCCUGGCGCGGAUGCACGACGAGGACGUGAUCCACGGAGACCUGACCACGUCCAACAUGCUGCUGAGGAGCGGCGCGUCCGACCUGGUGCUCAUCGACUUCGGCCUGAGCUACAUCUCCGCCCUGCCCGAGGACAAGGGCGUGGACCUGUACGUGCUGGAGAAGGCCUUCCUCAGCACCCACCCCAACACCGAGGCGCUGUUCGACAAGCUGCUGAAGAGCUACGCGGCGGCGUCCAAGAAGUCCCCGGCGGUCAUCAAGAAACUGGACGAGGUGCGGCUGAGAGGGAGGAAGAGAUCCAUGGUGGGAUGAGGAGGGACACGCCUCUGCUGGCACUGAGCCGCUGAACUUCUGUUAUCAUGCAGAGCGGAAGAAAAGCUAGAGCCAGCGUGAUAAGAUAAAGAUGUUUUGUAAUAAAUACCUUCACUGUGGUGGCAUGUUUGUUCUUUUGUUUGUUAUCAGGCAUCAUGUGAUGAAAGCCACUGUAAUGUUCAGCCAGAGUGGAAAAAAAAAUACCCGACUGUAACGUUAAAGUAGGGCUGGGAUAUAUAAAUAAAAUGAAUUUCAUGGUAAUCAAAAGGAAUUAUGUUGUAGUCUAAACUGCUGUUCAUUUCACUGAACUACACGGUAAUAUAAAGUAUAACAAAACUAAUUUUACGGUAUAAUUCAGAUAUACAUUCAGAUAUAAUUUUCAUGGAAGAUCUCUCUAUAUUAUUUAUUAGACAACAGAAUUGCACGUCACAGUAACUCAGUAUCAUUAAGAAUUUACUCUUAAUUACUUGCCUAGUUGAAAAACGGUUAAAUAAGUUCAAUUAAAUAUAGAAAAGUAUCAUUUCA